CUGAAGCUGCUGCCAAACCUCAUCGUCUUUAUUUUGGUUUUGUUGUAGAUUCUCAUUACACCAGUCCAUAACACAUUACACAUAGUUAAGCUGCCAUCUAAACUGAUACUUAAUUUCCUUGUUAGGGCCUUUUAUUGUUAAAUAAAUAUACCAAAAACUUGUCACUGCGUGCCUCCCAAUUUGUUAUGCCAUGCUUGAACCAUGUGGUCAUAACAAAUUGGGGGCUCGUCCGGGAUAGGUUUUGUUAAGGUUUUUUUCAUAUCUUUCCAAGGCCUGUAUAGUUAGUUUGAGAGUGUUAUUGUUGGGAGACUUGCAGUGUUUGAGUAGUUGGUUAUUUGUUUGUCUUGCUUGGUUGCAUAUUUGGUUAACUGGUAGUUUUGAUCUUUUGUUUGUUUGGAUAUGGGUUAUUGAGUUGGCCUGUUGAUUGAUUUACUAGUUGGUAGCGAGAUAGGGACUUCUACUUCCAGUUAGAUACGGGGCAGCUCUGAUAAUUAUCCCGCUUGUGCUUUUGGUGAUAUAUCACGCUACUCACCGUUCUGAGUCGGGGCAUCAUAGCUGAUAACAGGUUAUUGGUACUACUGAUUAAGCAUUUGUGGACCGUUGAUUGGCUUACAAUAGGAUGGAUCUUUUUAAGGAGUUUGUGGCCAGUCCAUCAGUCGAGUUGCUUAAAAGAUUAAAAGUUGAAGAAUUGUGGCGGGUCGUCACACAUCAUAGCCUCACCCCCGAUGUUAUGCAGGGUCGGUCUAAGAAAAAGGAGGUGUUUGCUGUAACACAUAUGGGGUUAAUUGACCACGGCGUGUUAGAAGACGACGAAACAUCUAGCCCAGGUGGUUCACCCAUUAAAGGGGCAGGGGCUGGAUUUGUCUCAGUGGGUACGGGUCUAUCCUUUGCAGAGCAAAAAUAACUGUUAGCCAUGCAGAUGGAGUUUCAGGCCAGAGAAUGCCAGAAAGAAAGGGAGGUGCGUCUUGAGCUAGAGAGGUUGCGCCAGACAAGACCAGGGGUCUCAUUUAUAAAACUGUGCGUGGGAUCGUUACUAAAAAUGUGCGUACACCCAGAAGCGAAGUUUUGCGUGCGCCAAAAAAUAUUCAGAUUUAUAAAACACUGCGUACGCACACCUGUACGCAAUCUUUGCUUUAUAAACCACAUACUGACUACAAUUGUGCGCAGCUGAAUCAGCUUCACGUUCCGCCCUCUACACGCCCCUUUUUAACCAUAAAUGGUCAAUGCAAAUGACCUCAUGAAUGCGAUCUGCAUAUAAAACAGACUCAGGUGCCGGUAUUAUUUCUUGUUGGAAACAAUGGCAGGACAGAGAAAAACCAAAAAAAGAAACUUCACGGAGGUUGAGGUGGAGACACUUGUGGGUGAGGUGGAGGCCCGAAAAGAAAUUUUGUUCGGCGGUCACGGAAUCGGGAUCACCAAUAUUAAAAAAAAGAAUGAGUGGCAACAUGUUGCUGCGGCAGUGAACGCUGUCAGUGGUACGGAGCGGACAGUACCCGAAUUGAAAAAGAAGUGGUCCGACAUAAAGGUGGGUGCAAAGCAGAGGCUGUCCUCACACCGCCAGAGCGUGACUGCAACUGGAGGGGGACCCAGUACUCCUGACCUAACCCCAAUUGACAGGCAAGUUGCAUCCAUAAUUGGCACCGCAAGCGUGAGUGGCAUCGUGUCCGAAAGGGAAGGGGACACUGACAACACAGAAGAACAAGAGUCAGCGGUCGGUGGGGAGGAGGACGAUGAUGCCGGCGAGGGGCCCUCGGCCGCAGGUCAUCCGGCUGCCCCCACCCCCAGCACCAAGCGUCAGUCCGCUGGUCGGGUCCUCACAGAUGAAGUUCUGCAGCUACAGAGGGAAACUAUAUGCAGUCAACAACUUGACUGAGGAGAUGAGGCAGAUUCGAAAUGUCAUCACCGAAAUUGCCACAAUAUUAAAAGAUGCUGUGAAAAAAUGAACCUUGAGUCGUCUUCAUUUCAUAAACGCUGCAUGACAUCCGCACGUACUCUUGCACCCUGUUGA